AAAAAAAAGGAGGAGAGAAAUUGGAUAAAACUUUAUUGGAAGAAUGGAUGAAAGAAGCAAAGGCACCAGCUUUAGAGCAGAGCCUCAAGCUCUUCGAUGAGCUGAAAGACAAAGGAAUAAAAAUCUUCAUCGUCUCCUCAAGAAGUGAAACCCUAAGAUCUGCUACCGUUGAUAAUCUCAUCAAUGUUGGCUAUCAUGGAUGGUCCAGGCUCUUAUUAAGGGGUCUUGAAGAUCAGUCCAUGAAGGUUCAAGAAUACCAAUCUCAAGCAAGAAAAGAAUUGAUGGAUGAAAGGUAUCUGCUAUGGGCAGUCAUAGGAGCUCAGUGGAGCAGUCUUGAAUGUCUUCCUUAUGCAAAAAGAACAUUCAAGUUGCCAAAUUCCAUGUAUUACAUUGCUUAAAAUUAAGUUUUGAUUAAUUAGGUUAUUAAUUUGUAUUUUAUUUAUUUGAGUACCCUAGCUAGCUAGAUCUAUAAUUAAAUGCUUAUUAAAUAAGAAUUGAUCAUUGUUGUUA